UCGCGUUUGUGACCGUCAAUCGUUGAGAAAAUAACUUUGGUGAUAAGAGAAAGCGACUUUGUGAAGAAAAACUAAGAGAAAUGGCGUUAAUCCCAAAUCUUUUCGGCGAGAGGCCUAGCAAAAUGGUGGACAGAGACUUUUUCAGACAAAUCAACCAAGUAGUGCCACAUGAUUACUUCAAACAGUUCGAAAAUAUGUUCCGGACAAUUGAUCAGCUGUCGUCUGUUAUGAACAACCUGGCUAUGAAGGAGAGGACCGAGUCUGAUUACGAGAAAUUCCAGGUGAAUGUGGAUGUGCAGCACUUCGCACCGGAGGACAUCAGUGUUAAAGUUGUGAAUGGUUUUGUCACAGUGGAGGGAAAGCACGAAGAGAGGCUGGAUGAGCACGGUUAUGUUUCCAGACGGUUCGUGAGACGGUACGCUUUGCCUGAGGGAUGUUUGCCAGACACAGUGGAAUCAAAGUUAUCCUCCGAUGGGGUUUUAAUCGUGACCGCGCCUAAAGUUUUACCCAUGCCGUCGACUGGUGAGCGAAUUGUGCCAAUAAUUAAAACAGGUCCAGUCAAAAAGCAAAUUGAACAGUAAUUUUUGUAAUUUUGU